UGAUGGGUUUAUCUCGGUGAGUUAUUGAGAUAUCGAGCUGAGAUUUUCUGUGGUAGUGAAGCAAGCGAUAAGCGAUAAAGCAAAAAAAAAGAAUUCGAAAUCCGUUUCCAGAAACCGGAGUAAUUUUUUUUGAAAUUGUUUUUGCAUGUACCUCGACCCAAUUCGGGCGCACGUUUUCUUUCUCUCCUCGAAAUCCUGUUUCUAUCAAAUCUGGCAGCCUUUACCAAAUUCGUAUGAUCGAAAAUAAAGAGUUUUGGACGGGAUCUUCAGUACUUUGCUUCUCCUGACCGAUAGAAGUAGUAUUUUUCAAAAAAAAACCAAGCAUCAGGAUUGGGUCCUAGUUACCGUAGAAAAGGUUUCCACUCGAAGGACAGAACUCUCGAUUUUUGUGAGAGGAAAAACUUUUGGUCAUUUUUGGCUCUUGUGAUCUCCAUAACUUCGUGAAGGAAGCAUUUGGUGAUUUUGAUCCGAUAAAACUUUUGCUUUACUCAUCGAGAUCUAUCUACUCUGAAAGUUUCAUAAAUUUUCACUCAGCCGUUUCUUAGAAACCCGGGAAAGGGGAUGAUCCCCUUAAACCACGAAAGUCACACCAUUCAUGGGUUUUUUGAAAACCGCUGUUUCAGACGGUUUUCUAGAACUCAAUAAACCGUCUACCGUUCGUUGAUGAAGAAAACAGUUUAAAACGGCAGUUUCACUCGAGUUUUUUCCGUGGGUAGGCCAGAUAUACGGAUGAAACUGAAAUCUACUAUCGCAGUUUCAUCGUUUUUCACAGCUUUCUCGUACAAGAAUUCUGCUGUUGGCACUGUUCACAUGUAUAGGAAAAACUUUUGACGGUCUUUUCAAAACAUAUCUUUCUUUAUCACGUGUUCCCACUUGUUUAACCUUCAACCAAAAACUUACCUGCAUCAAUACUGGAUGGGUUUUUGCACGUUAAAAUGACUAACAGACAUCUUCGAAGAGAAACGAUAGAGAUCAGAUAUAAUAUAAGUUGAAGACUCCCGAAAAAGGUAUUUUCAAUAAAUUUCAGUUUGUUCAUUAAACUUUUAGCUACAACCACUACAAUUCAAAAGACAACGUCGCAAACAACAGUGACACUGACGACAACCACGACAAUAACUUCAGUGAUCACAACAACCCCGACAACGACUUCAGUGACAACAACAGCAACAAUAACGACCACGACUUCAGAGACAACAACGACAACUACACGACCAGUAAUAUGCCCAUCAGUUGUCUGGGAGCCAAAUGGAACUACAGUUGCUGGAUCAUCUAGUGGCACGGGCGGUUCAACGCCCUCACUGUUACAAGGGGCAUAUGACGUUCGAGUAGAUUCAGCACUUAAUGUGUAUGUAGCGGAUUACUCGAAUUAUCGUUUCAUGAAAUGGUCCCAAGGCAGUACAAAUGGAACAGUGAUUGGUCCAAAGUCUGGCGUCGGUUCGCCCACAGACACACAACAUCUGAAUACAGCCACAACUCUAUGUUUCCAUUUGACUGAAUCAAAUUUGUACCUGUCAGAUACGUUCAACUGUCGUAUUCUGAAACUGAAUAUAGCGUCAGGCAAUAUCACAGUUGUUAUUGGUCCAGGAUGUGGUAAUGCUAUGAACCAGUUCAAUUGGUGUGAUGGACUAUAUGUCGAUCGACUUGAUAAUCUUUAUGUUUCGGACUGGAUUAACGAUCGGGUACUCAAAUUUCCUUCCAACUCAAAUUCAUCUACAAAUGGUGUCAUCGUGGCUGGAACCGGUGUGGCGGGUUCAGCUCUCAAUCAAUUAGACACACCUUGGAAUAUCUAUGUCGAUGAAUCUGACGACGAUGCAUUGUAUGUUGCAGAUUAUGCGAAUCAUCGUGUCAUGAAAUGGUUUCCAAACGCUACAACUGGUACAGUCGUUGCUGGAGGUCACGGCGCUGGCUCGUAG